GGUCUUAAUGACAGUUUCAGCGUCUGAUAACUUCUGAACGCAUUUGUACGACGUGAGUAAGUGAGGUGGCUCUAACUGGUGUAACCAUGAACUCUUGAAAUUCCAUCAGGUUUCUGGAAUAUACUCCGCGGUUCAGAACGCUAAAGAAAGAAACGGGCAUGAUAUAUGGCUCUUGCGAGCCGAGCUGCUGACGGAGGAACUCACAUAGAGAGACGUUCUAUGAAACUGUCAGUGAAGAAUCAAAGAGUGGACGAUAAUGUUGCAAGUCAUUUGUUCGGCAGCACCAGCUCUUGCGCAAGCCAUGCUAAUGCCUACAAUAGCGUUGGCUCCAAGCUUGCUCUUGUUACUUGUCUCGUCAAUUUGGCGCGCAAAAACGUCAAUGUUCGCGAGAUCUUUGCCAACAUCGAACUUGCGGAUAUGAUAGCAGGCCCAAGAAUCUCAUUGACGAUCUGCACCGCCUUUGGAACUCCAUAACAUUGGUAGAUGGACUCGUCACCGUCACGUAACUCGAGAGCCUCGUAAGCUCCCUUGGAAAUUCCUGAGUGUA